AUGGAGGGCCCUGUCGUUGUCUGUCGAUACUUUUCUUUUCUCGUCUGCGUUUUCUUUCCUCUCCUCUUCUCGGGCGGCGUCUCCGCUCUCGUCUCUGCCCUCAGGGCGCCGUCCGCUUCGCCCCUCGCGACGAUCCCCGGUCCCACACAUCUUCCAGGUGUACGCACACCUUCGCCUCCGCGCCCCCACACCACUUCUUCGCCUCCAUCUUCCCUUUCGCCACCCACCAGUACAAAUGCCCCGUUGAGUCAGCAGCAUGGCGGGCCUGCGAAGAAUAGCGGGGCUUCCUCGUCCCUCAAGGACGUGGCUAGCGCCCCGUGGUCAGGUGUAGAUACACCCGAAGCUGUGCGUGCACGCGACGCUGCCCAGGAGAGGAAAUCUGCGUCGGGUGUCUCGACACCUCAAAUUUUGUCUCCCGUUCGGCAUCACGUCGAAACGCCGGACGCCUUGCCCAGUCCAUCUCAAAAAACGGUCGACAGAAAGGGUCCGUCUUCGUUUUCCUCUCAGUUCGGACCUUUCUCUGAAACCGAGACACACAGAAGAUUCGCCUCGUCGUUCUCGACCUUGCUGCCGACGCGCGGUCACGCAUGGCUGCCAACUCAAGGUCUCUUCCAGGCCUCCAGCGACCCGGACAACGGAUGGGGCGUUCGCCUUUCGUUCCGCUAUCCUUCUUUCUCUUCGCUUCCCGCCUCUGCUGCCUUCUCUCUCCACGCCGGAGGCAGGCGAGGGGACGCAAAGGACCCGCAAGGGAGUCUCCUCAUUCGAGACCAUGCAGGAGACAGCGCAGAUGCACCGCCCCUAGGGCAGGGAGAAAAGACGCACAGAAGUGGAGGAGGCGCGAGCGUCGGAAUGCGCUCAUCGGAGGCAGCCGGUGUGCAGCCCACGGCGCCCACUGGAGACGCAAACGAAGAAGACAGGAAAGAAGAGACACCCGGACGGAUCAAGGAGCAGACAGUGCAUGGCUCCCAUGCGAACGGGGACGCCUCUGCUGGCAUCUGUGCAUCUCCGCCCAUUGCGCAAGGGGCGCCUGAACGCGCUGUCUCUCCUCUAAACGGGAUCCCGGGAAUCCCGGGGGACAGCGCGGAGGGCCAACUUUAUUCUGUCUCCUUCGCCGCCCCCACCGAUGAGCUGUGGGGACAAGACGUGGUUGUCUGCAUGCACUGGGUACAGCCACCUUCCUCCUCUCUCUCUUCGUUUCCAUCGCUUGCUUCCUCAGUGGCUCCGUUUAACGGAGACCCUGCAGAAGGCUUCACGUCUGCGGAGUCGGCAGAGACACCGAGGGAGGCAAAGGCGCCAGGGGGCGCAAGGUCACAGGAACGGCAGGCGAAUCGACAGUCUCUGGCAGUCGCGUUCGGCCGAGUCCCCGACGGCUGCGUGUGGGGUCGGGAAAAAGACAGCGGGGCCCGCGGCGGAGGCAGCGCAGGAGACAAGUGUGCAAAGCCCAGAGUGGAGAUGGGUGUUCAGGGAGGUCGGGCGCACAGACACGGUGUGGGUCGUCGCGAAGCUGUCGCUGCGAGAGGCGACGUCGCAGGGCUCGUCUCCACAGAAAACGAGGACGUUGGAGACACGAACCGAGGCGAGAACGGGACGAGGGGGCCUCUGCAGUCUUCUUCCUCUUCUCUGUCGCUCCCGGUUUUGCAUGCAGCGCCCAGUGUCAUGUCCCUCAACGGGAACUACGAUGUCCAUCUCGCUCUCCCCCUUCGGCUCGCUCCCCCCCGUGGCGCCUCGAGGCCGCAGGGUGACCCUCCGUCGGUUCGGGUGUCUGCGCAUGCAGAUGGAGAGGACGUCUGUGGAGCCUCGUCCUUCUGGAGAGGCCCGGAGAGCGUCGAAGGCACAGACGAGGGCCGAAGCGCGCGAGUGGGGACGGGAAGAAGAAAACACACUCGGCGAUCCCCCGGCGCGCGGCACACGGGCGCGGGCGUCUUGGCAGGUGGCACGUGUCGCGACGGAGCCGACGAGGGUCUGACGGCGUCUCUGGAGCGGACCGACACCGGCGCGGAAGCGGGAGACGGGCGGUGGGCAGAGCGGGACUCGUCUCGAGGCGUGGAGACGCAGAUGAGAGGGUCGGCUACGUUGCUGAAUAGCGAACAAAGACUUCGGUCCGUUUCAGGGUUCCGAGGAAGCGAGUCUUCCCGCGGAAAACGGUUUACCAAGGCAGACAUCAGGGAAGCGCUCAAGGCGGCUCUCGUGGUAGUGAAGACGAAACUGUCAGGAGGGUGUGAGGGUCCGUACUCCAGUCAGGCUCUCGCUCUGACGAGUUUGCGCGCCUCGUUGCCGCUCGCAGGGAACCGCAUGCGGCAGGUCGGAGAGGGCGGAGAAAAUACAGACAGGGAACGAAAGGUCGAACGCGACGCCGGGCGUGUCGAACGGGAGACCCCAGCAGGAGACAAUAGUGAGAACGGAAGAGAAUCGACGGCGAGGCACGCACCGUCGGCCAGAGAAGACACUUUCGUUGACGUCUCGGUUCCUCUCGCUCUGUCGAUCAGUGGCGAGGAUCUCCCUGUGGAACUAGCCCUCUGUCUGUACACCAGCCGCCUCGACACUGACCCCGUUUCCCUCGGAAUCGUCCACUUGGGCGCGCCUCCACCGCUGUCCCGCCCCGUUCUCGCUUCGUCCGUGCAGGCGGGCGCAAACGCAGCAGGCGAAACCGGCUUCUCGCCGGGUCACGAAGGGCCGCAGCCUGGAGAGACCGCGACGCCACUUGGAGAACGCAAACCCGAUGCCCCGGAAGCUCCGGAGGCCGGGGGACCUGUCGCCGCGAUUUCGGGAGACGGCGUCCCCGCCAAAGUCCUCAGGUGGCUCACGACGCAAGUGGACCAUCUUAACUUUGUGCGAAAGGACAAGGCCUCAGAGGAGACAGUGGAGACACCUCGCCCCGCGGUGGCGAUGGCAGCCUCGCAGGCGCGCGGCGGCGGCGGAGCGGCGGGCUUGGGCGAGUCCUCGUGGUGGGAUCGAGCUGUUGCGUUUGUCGCGCCUUGGGGAGGCGCAGAGACGUCAGACCGAGACUCUGCCGCAGGCGCGGCCCCAGACAGUCCAUUGGCAGUGGCGAGCGAGGAGGAGAGAGACUCCGAAGCAGACGGAUCGCCACCCUUCGCCAACUCCGAAGGCCCGUGGGCUCUAUACGCCCCCUUCGCCGUUCUCGUGGGCGCUGCCGCCGGAUACAUCCUCACACUUCACUGGCAGGCACGGGCCAAGAUGCGCGAAGCGCGCGCGAAAACCUGCACUGGCCCGUGUUGCUCAGAAGCACCUUCCGACUUGCUGGCAAUUCGGUCGUCUCUCCGCGCCACCCAUGCGCUGUCGUGCGCACAUCUGUCCGCUUCUUCGUUGUCCUCCGUCGACGAGGCACGGUCCAGCGACGGACGAAGUCGCCGACCAGGCAGGCGGCCGAAGUCUUCUUCCUCGCAAGCCGCUUAUCCUUCCUCUGAUGUGUUUGAGUCGACUUCGCCCUCGUCGGCCCGAAAACACCUUCCCUCUGGCUCUGCUCGGAAAGCCCGAAAGGGUCCACGCGGUCUGCCGGCGGAAUAUGUGACGCCGAGUCGAAGGAUCUACGAGACGCUGUGGGGCGGCGAGGAAGACACGCCGGGUGAAGGGCGACAAGACGGAGAGAGAAGACUCGGCGGCGAGGCUGCUUGGAACUGGGUGGACGACGAAGCGACUUUCAGUGGACGAAGGAGGGGGAGACACGAGCGGCGAAUCAGAGACUCCGACACCGCAAGAUGGCCAAUCUCCUACUAG